UUUUCAAACGAAAUGAAAAAAUCGGAACUUUCCUUAGAAAAACCUUUCUUUACCACCCAUCUACUCUUUUGCCUAUAUAUACCAUGUUUGGAAGGACAUCAUAAACCAUCAAUAUUCACAUCUUUUCAUAGCAAAAAAGAGAGAGAGUAUUAUUGAAUUAAGCUUUGCACAAACAACUACCAAACAACUCCAACCAAACACACCAACACAACAUGAGUAAGACAGAAACUCAGCAACAACAACAACUAAACAUGGACAAUGUUCCUCCUCCUGGGUACCCAACUUUAAAUUCUCCUGAAGGGAAAAUGAAGAAAAAGGGUUGGUUCCGCACCAAGACCAGGGGAGAUAAAGGUUUCGCUAAAGGAUGUUUGGCCGGAUUAUGUUGCUGUUUCGUAUGUGAAGAGUGCUGCUUCUAAAACGAUCAUGGCUUAGUUAGCUUGAUGAUCAAUAUCUAUCAUAUUCUCUAUAUGUUUUGUGUAUUGAAUUUUAUUUUUGAAUUCUUUGUAAUUGAUUAUGAACAUACUGUGCUAUAUAUAUAUUUUUAAAAUAUAUAUGUAUGUCGUGUGAUAAAAUACCAUCUGCUGCUUAUUUUUUCAAUGAUGGUAUAAUGUUUGUCCAUUUUUUUCAAUUUAUUUGUACAGCCUUUCAGCAUUAUUCUGCUGUUAUUGGCUAUGUGAAGAAUGUUGUUAAUAAAGCUUUAAUUAUUUUUCAGUUAGAUUAGUGAUCAGCGUAAAUUCUACUUUCAUUUAUCUUUCUUGUUGUUGGUUCAUGGUUGAGUCGUUGGUGUUUGUUGAAUAGUUUUGGUGAAAACUUCCACCUACUCAUAAAGUAUUUCUCAUUAGUUUUAUAAAAUUAAGAAAAUGACAUGCGGAAGGAGAUAAAGAGUGAUUAUUAAAGAUAAUCUUGACCUAUAUAGACGUGAUGAAGACGCAAGAAAAACAAAGUUAUGGAUCAUUUUUAUAAUGGGGCCGGGCGCACAAAUUAUUCUAAGCAUUCUUUUUUUUCUUUUUUUUACAACGAAUUCUACGCAUUCAUAUGCAUAUAUGAUUAUCUAUCUUUCGUUUCAAAAUACAGUUUUCGUUUUCAUUUUGUGAGUCAAAUUUUAAAAUUUUUGAUUAAAUAUUUUUAUUAAUGUAUACAAGAAAACAUAUUCAUGUACGAUCUUGUUAGAUUGGUCUCAACGUGUACAUUUAUAGUAUCAAUUUUUUAUAUUCUUUUACUAAUACGAAAUAGAAGAUAUAAUAGGUCAAAAGUACGUCUUGAAGAUUGUGCAAAAAGAAAUAGGAAUUAUAUUUUUAGACAGUGAUAUAACCAUGAACGAAUUUGGGCAAGGGCAGUUGUGCAAGGGCGUAGGGUUACGAUUGUCGGGUGAAGUUUACAUUCUUGAAUUUGGGGUUUUGACAUACAUAAGUUAGGGCUUUUUUUCCAACUUAUUUUCAAUUCAGUUCAGUUCAGUUCAGUUGCAAUCAGUUCAGUUCAGUUCAGUCGCAAUCAUUUCGGUUUAGUUCUAUUCCAAUCAGUUCAGCUCCUAAUUUAUUUAUUAGCAUUACUAUUAGUUAUAGUUUGAUUUAGUUUAAUCCAGUUGCAAUCAGUUUCGUUCAAUUUAAAUCAGUUCGAUCAGUUGCAAUCAGAGUUAAGUUCAGUUCAAUUCAAUUGUUUUAUGACGAAGAAAACACUCUUAAUAUACAAUUUUUUAACAAAAAGGAAAUGUAAAUCAUAAAAAGCAUUGUCAAGUACUAGAACUGUAAUAUUUGUUAAUGGGUAUGAGUGGAACUUUCUUUAGGGGAUGAUAAUAAUGGGACUUUGAUAUGUGGAAUUUAGGAAAAAUAAUUGAUGGGAUGAUAUCUGGAAUUUCAAAGGAUGUGGUUGUUUGGUAUGCGGGAAGAAACAUAUGCAAUGGAAAUUCUCGUGAAUUUCUAAACUUGUCAAUUAUUUGGUUAGCCAGAAGUAAUAGAAAAUGGGGGAAUUUCAAAUUUCUGAGAAUUUGAAAUACUCACAAAACAUGGAAAUUUAUUGACUCACUCCCUCCUUAAUCAUUCAAGGUUUUUGAAAAUCUCAAAUUUCUUGAUUUCAAUCAAACAAUUUUAGUAAAUUAAUAGGAAUUACAUGAGAGAAUUAACUUCCUAUAUAUUGUAACUUCCCACAUAAAUUAAGUUCUUGUAUGUACCACUUGUUUAAAAGACACAUCAUCUAACCAACUUCUCCACAUUGUCUUUCUAAUUAAGUAACAGAACUCCCCUAAAAAAAGCUGAGUAACAAAAAUUUUGAAUUAUCUACACUCGCCCACCUCACACCGGCCUAGAACAGCCACCGAAUCCGGGACUAUUUUAUUGGAACCAUGAGAAACUUCAAAGAUUACUAUUGAUCAAGUUCAUUUCCAUGAAAAUCAAACAUUACAAUAUUUUUAUUAAUCCAUCGCAUCUUGAGUCAUAGCUAAGUUAAUUUGAUAGAGUAUAAAUCUAUUCCUGGGGCCUCAAUCAUCAGUUUAAGCUUUUGGUUGAGUUGGUCCUUUGACGUGGUAUCAAGAGUCAGCGUGACAAAAAGGUCACGGGUUCGAAUCUCAUCCACUUCUUCUUUCUCAGUGGAAUAUAGAUCUAUUCCUGGGAUCUCAACCAUCAGCUUAAAUUUUUGGUUGAGUUGGUCCUUUGACAUAAUUAAUAACUUACCCUCAAAAAAACUAACCUAAUAUACCAUUUGGGGCAAACAAAAAUGUGAAACUAUUGUCGAACAUUUGAAAUGUGCAAAUCUCAACUUGAUUUUGACUUGGGACACUACAAUCCUUAUCCCAUCAUAUCGUACCUAAGAACCAAGCAUUAAUGAACAUGAAGGAGCACAAUUUGGAUCUUAGACUCAAAAGUAUAAUGCAUGCGCACACAUCAUACUUUGGCUUACAUGUUUGUUUCAUUACACUAGUAUGUUCUUUUUAUCACAAUUUCUUGUUUUUGUACAUAAUCUUAUUUAUAUGCUUGCAUUUCUUUUCAUUGCACUUAGGUGAUUUAUUAAAAACAACUUUAUGUCUUUUUCAUGAUGCCUUUACAUUCUUUUUCAAUAGGAAUAUAUAGGUGUAAUAAUAGCAGAAACAUGUAACUCAGAGCAUGAUGUCUAUCAUUUUCCCAGUGUAGGAUUUAAGCAUAUUGCGAGGAGGGGGAAGAUUAAUAAGAGUACUUGAGUACAUUAUUAUUAUGUCCAACUUGUAUCCACUGCAUCAAAAUAUCAAAUAACGUACUGAUCACUUGGUAUUUGGUAAAACUCUUAUCUUUAAUUUGCUAAAUAAAAAGGUAAAAGUCUAAACUCUAACUCUAAAUUUUAACAAUUAAACUUUAAACUCUAUUUGUUAAAUAAAAAGGUAAAACUCUAAACUCUAACUCUAAAUUUUAACAACUAAAUUUUAAACUCUAGUUGCUAAACAGGGUGCAAGUGUGGUGCUUGGGGGUACGAAUUCUCCUAUCUUCCUCCAAAUUCGCAAGCACCUGACUCGCAAUUUGUGUUAUUCAUUUGCUUGAUUUAGUUUUUAACCGAUGAUCAUAACCCCGUAUAUCAAAUAUUGGAUCCGCCACCAGGAGUAGUUGUAGAUAGAGGUGUUAAUGAGCCUGGUCUGUUCGUGAACAAAUCUGCAUCGUCUCGGUCAAAGCUCGGCUCAUGGUAGCUCGUAAUUCGGUUGAAGGCUUAUUUGACAAGUCGAACUAAGCUAGGGGAAGCUCGUCUCGAAAACUCGUGAACAUGCUCGAUUAUACUUUUAUAUAGAAAAAUAAUAUAUCUAUAUACAUACAUAAAUAUAUUAACCUAGAUAUCACAUAAUGAUAAGUUAAUAGUCUCAUUGUUUAAAAAGAAAACCUAUAAAUCUCAAAUAUUAAAAAACAAAAAAGAAAAAAAAAUAUGUAAAAACUAGGGGUGAUAAAGAGUCAAGUAUGUUCGUGAACACUUCGAGCUUGGCUGGUCAAAGCCCGGCUCGAACAAGUUUGAUUCGUUAAAUUUCGAGCUUAAAUAAACUUAAACGAACACAAGUUGAGCAGACAACAUUUCGAGCUUGGCUCGACGGAUAAGCAACUGUAGUUGUAGUCUUGUAGAUGAUUGGUAUGUCAUCAAAAUAUUAGUGAGGCUCAAAGCGUAAAUUUUGCAUCAGGGUGCACAAUUCUCAUUGUGUAUCCAAAAAGAACAUUUUUUGAAGGUAAGGAGAAGGCGUCCAAACCGGACCGAAACCUCGCACAGGUCAAUCUAGUUCGGGUUUGCAGGCAAGGCCCCUUGGGAGUAGGAGGAAUGGUAAGAGGAAAUCCCCACCCCCAAAAUGCAUCUAAUUGGGUUUGAUCCCACAACCUCAAUGUUGUGAGAUUUAAAACAAACCACUAGACUAAGUACUACUUGGUUGCAACAAAAAAAAAACAUACUAUUUAUAUAAAAGAACAUGAACUUUUUUCAACAACUUUUCUACUUUAAAAAAGAACACACGACUUAAAAAUUAAGGAACAUGUAAAUGUAUAUUUAUAAAAGAACAUAGGUUAUAAUGAAAAGAACAUACUUCCUUUGUUCUGUUUUAAAUUAUUAAUAUCUUUAGUUGUGCACACGAAAAAAAAUACAAAAAAAAUAUAAUUUGAUAGUAUGUAUCGACACGAAUUUAACAAGAUUCCACUUGACUAUGUUUUUCUUUAUAUAAUGGCGACAAAUUGAGGUCAAAAUUGAUCAAUAAUGAAUAGUAUCAUUUCAUCCAAUGUUUCAUUUAAAAUAGAACGGAUGAGGUAUAAUAAAAGAUCAUGAAUGCUUGGUAAAAGGAAUCUUUAAUGGCACAAUUUAAGAAAAUAUAUAACAACAAUCUUUUAAAACUAUAGAGUCUAAAAAUAAUAAAACAAGAUUUAGAACAAGGUGCACGGUGCACCAUACUCUACUGAUACAGAAACACUUGUUUGCGAGCUCAUGGUCAAAAGCCCACCAGUAAGGAAGGAGACCCAAACGACGCCUAAAAACUUGUUGACAAUCUACAGAGAAAAAUUACCCCGGCGAAGAGAGAAAAUGGGAGGUGGCGUGAAGAAAGAAAAUGAAAAGAAGGAAUUAAGCAACUUCAACACAACUUCCACCGACCAACAACUCACUGAUAUCCUCCUUCAAAUUCGUGCUUCCAAAACCCCUGCAGUAAUCAAUUAUGGUGCUUCUUGGUGCCGAGUUUGUAAUCAGAUCCUUCCUGCAUUUCAGCAGUUCAGCAAGGACUUUCCGAAGCUUUCGUUUGUAUAUGCUGAUAUAGAUGAGUGUCCGGAGACCACUCAACAUAUUCGUUACACACCUACAUUUCAGUUCUUCCGUGAUGGUGAAAGGGUUGAUGAGAUGUUUGGCGCUGGUGAAGAACGACUUCACGAUCGUCUGUGGUUGCAUUCUUGAUGUUAGUAUGCCCCUAUAUACUUGUUGCAAGGAUGAGACCAAUUGUAUGAUCCUCCAUCAUGUAUUAGCUAAAACCAGCUUUGUUUAAAAAUUUGAGAAGCAUGUAAAUGUAGUUGGGAUAUAUUUGAAUCGAUGAAUCAUUGACAAA